UUUGUUUUUAUGUAUGUAAAUACUAUAAGUAAGUGUGCGAGCGCUUCAACUUUUAUUGUAUUCAUUAUUCUGUGCCUAAAAAGAGCAGACGCUCAGUAGUCAGUCGCAUUGUCGCAGAUUGGAUUUUUUGUUCAACAAGGUUGACUUGAAAAACUCAGUUGAAGUGCGCGAAUUUAUCAGAACGUUGCCAGACGCGCAGCGUGAAACAACAUAACUUACAUAGCUGCGAAAAAAGAGAAAAAAGAAGAAGAAGAAGAAUCAAAGACGAGUUAAAAGUGUGCGUCAAUGGGAAAAUAAAUAAAAAUAAUAAAUAAAUUUUGGGUCGAAACUGGAGUGCGAGCAGACUGUAGCUCUCGUUUUGGAGUUAUCGAAAAUUGCCAAAAAAACGACUUUCUAUCUUUUGCUGGACCACAAAAAAAAAGAGGAACGUACAUAUGUAUACCUAAAAGCCACAAUAACUCAGGCGAUUUUUUUGUUUGUUUGUGUCUUGUUUUAGCACCGCAACGAAACCAAAAGUAUUUUUGCAUUUUAUUACCAACAUUUUUGCAACAGGCAAACGUGACAGAAAAGAGACAAAAGAAAAUAGUGCUAUAGCAAGCUGACGAUGAUAGUAGUAGUCAAGCAUUUUGCAGCUAAAAAAAAGUGAAAAUAUUUCAAAACAAUAAUUGCAACAAAUUAAAAAAACUAACAACUUAAAAUAAACCGCGCUACCUCAAAACAUUGUAAACCAAGAGAAAUAACUAAAAAAUAGCAAUAAAAGUUAACUAAAAAGAAAAAACACAGACUUAGUUUACAAUAGCGAAAGAAAAUUGUAUAACCAACCGCAGUCAGUAUUAUUUCGAAAUAACUUAAUAAGCAAUAAAAAUUCAUUGCAAAUUUGCUAAGAAAUCCGUAAAGUAUUUACUCGCCUACUCGUAUUUGUUGUUCGCUUUAACCUUGAGUCAAUCUGAAUUCGCUAUACAAAAUAUUUAGAACUUAACGAAUUCCAAGAGAAAAAGUGCAAUUUGUUUUGAAAAAAUUAACAGCAACAAAACUAGAAGCAAACACACUAAUUCACACACAACCAGCAAAAUGUCUACUUCGAAGGAACAAAUUUUCGCCAGUCAGGAUAAUGACUUGGAUAAACCAAAAGGAUGUUUCUCCACACGUUAUUUUGUUACUUUCAUGCUCUUCUUGGGCAUGGCCAAUGCCUAUGUGAUGCGUACAAAUAUGUCUGUGGCUAUUGUGGCUAUGGUCAAUCAUACAGCCAUCUCCAGCGGUAAUGAAGAUGUCGUAGACGAUGAGUGUCCAGAUCAAAAUCUGACUGUGGUGGAAAAUGGACAAGAUGGCAGCUUCGCGUGGAGUUCAAGUUUACAGGGCUAUAUCUUAUCUUCAUUCUUCUACGGAUAUGUGAUAACGCAGAUUCCAUUCGGUAUUUUAGCGAAAAAAUACGGCGCCAUGAACUUCCUCGGCUGGGGUAUGUUGCUCAAUUCGGUUUUCGCCUUCCUCGUGCCAGUUGCCGCCUACGAAGGUGGUGUCUAUGGUCUCUGUGCGAUACGUUUUAUACAGGGACUCGGUGAAGGCCCCAUUGUGCCAUGUACGCAUGCGUUACUCGCCAAAUGGAUACCACCCAAUGAGCGUUCACGUAUGGGUGCCGCUGUCUAUGCAGGCGCACAAUUUGGUACAAUUAUUUCGAUGCCGCUGUCGGGUCUGUUGGCCGAGUAUGGUUUUGCUGGUGGUUGGCCGUCGAUUUUCUAUGUUUUCGGCGCUGUUGGCACAGUUUGGUCUAUAGCUUUCCUUUGGCUAGUCUAUGAGGAUCCCUCAUCACAUCCACGCAUCGAUGAGCGUGAAAAGAAGUACAUCAAUACAAGUCUUUGGGGUACAGGCGAUCAAAAGGUACCUGCCAUACCCUUCAAGUCUAUCGCCAAGUGCCUGCCUUUCUAUGCCAUUCUGCUUGCCCACAUGGGUCACAACUAUGGCUAUGAGACGCUAAUGACAGAGUUGCCCACUUACAUGAAGCAAGUGCUGCGCUUCUCGCUGAAGGCCAACGGUUUGCUGUCAUCGCUGCCCUAUCUGGCUAUGUGGCUCUUCUCGAUGUUCAUUUCGGUGAUUGCCGAUUGGAUGAUCACGUCCAAUCGUUUCACGCACACAUCGACAAGAAAGAUUAUCAACAGUAUUGGUCAAUAUUGUCCUGGUAUUGCGCUUAUUCUCGCCUCAUACACUGGCUGUGACCGUGCCUUAACGCUUGCCAUACUCACGGUGGGCGUGGGUCUUAACGGUGGUAUCUACUCUGGCUUCAAAAUCAAUCACUUGGAUUUAUCGCCACGUUUUGCCGGCUUCCUGAUGGCCAUCACAAAUUGCUUGGCAAACUUGGCUGGUCUGCUGGCGCCCAUUGCCGCUGGCAAUUUAAUUAAUAAUAAACCUACCAUGGGUCAGUGGCAGAUCGUCUUCUUCAUUGCUGCCUUCGUGUAUAUUUUCUGCGCGACUUUCUAUAACAUCUUCGGUUCCGGUGAACGUCAAUGGUGGGACAAUCCAGCCAAUGACGUUAAGGAACCAGUAGCAUCUGUUAUGCCAGCAACAACGACGCUGACAACGAAUGGUGCGCAUCCACGCUUUCUAACUGGCGUGGACAAUGGUUUAGCUGCGGCGACGGGGAAUAUACGCGAAACAGGACAAUAAGUGAUGAGCGUUCGAGCGUUUAAGAAUAAGAAGCAACUCGAAAUUCGGUUAUACGCUCGCGAUUUAAAGCUGUGCAAGUUAUGUAGUAGAAAACAGGCAGACAGUUAGUUGUUUAAGAAUAUUGACUUUAUUUUUUAAUUUUUUGAAUUUUUAACGCUAAGUUAUAGUGAAUUUAAGUGCGAUAAAUAGGUAUAUGUGUAUUAGUAACACUAAAAAUGUACCAAGAUUAAAAAAAAAAAACAUUAUGCAGCAGCAUAUAGUCAGCGUGAUAAAAUCCACUCAGCCAGAAAUAUAGCUAAAACCGAGUGAAAGUUAAAGUCGGCAUAAUUUCAUGUUGGCACGUAGCGUAUAAUAAACAUAAUGAACGAAAAAAGACAGUUGCCGCUAAAAGUAUGCAACACAUCGAAAGUAUAUAAUACGGAAUUGGUGCCAGCUUAGUGGUGCUUUUUUAACAAUCCAAUUGCAAUUUUGUAUGUGGCCGUGGGCCAUAAAAAUUUAUUUAUUGAGAGUUAAUUUUUUUUAAGAGCAAAUAAACAUUUAUUUUAUACACACACUGUUGAAGCCUUUGGAGUAAAUUAUUCACCAUUUUUUGUGCCUUAUUUUACCUAAUUUAAAAAGUUUUCCACAGGAAGAUCGAUGAGUAUGCCUUCAGCACUAUUUAGGAAUUGUAAGCGAACCUGUAUUAAAAGCAAUUUGCUGAGAAAUCUUUUUUCUUACCGAGAAUUUUUUGUAGUAUACAUAUUGAACUUUAUUUAUAAAAACUUUAAGUUUAUUAAUUUUUUGAAUAAGAAACAUGCUAAAAAUUCAGUGAAAUAAGUUUGGAUACCAAACAAUGAAACAGAUUAUAAAACAAUCAGUAUGAGUGACAAUCUAUAUUUUAAGAUAAAAUGUAAAAAAAAAAUGUCCAUAUUUAAAAUUUGUACUACACAAGACACUCUUUCCAAAAUUGUUUAUGUAAGCGAAAGCGCAAAGUAAAACAAUAAAAAAAAAUAAGAGAUUUAUGUAAAAAUGCAAUAAAUUAAAUAGAAAGACUCCAAAAAAGAUUCCAGAC